AUGUACUCUUCUGCUCUUAGCGCUACUACUGCGGUCCUUGCCCUCGCCGGAGGUGCCUACGCAAGCCCUCUCUCCCGCCGUCAGAGCCCCCCCGUCGGCCAGAUCAUCUCGCAGUGCACGCAGACGGGCGUCGUCGCCCUCACCUAUGACGACGGGCCCUUCACCUUCACGCCGCAGCUGCUCGACAUCCUCGCCGCCAACGACGUCAAGGCCACCUUCUUCGUCAACGGCAACAACUUCGCCAACAUCGAGGAGGGCAUCGGCCCGGCCACCAUCAACCGCAUGAAGAACGAGGGCCACCUCGUCGGCUCCCACACCUACGCCCACCCGGACCUCAACACCCUCUCCUCGGCCGACCGCAUCGCCCAGAUGACCCAGCUCGAGGACGCCACCCGCCGCAUCGCCGGUUUCGCGCCCAAGUACAUGCGCCCCCCCUUCCUCUCGUGCGACGAAGGCUGCCUCUCCGACCUCGCCGGCCUGGGGUACCACGUCAUCGACACCAACCUCGACACCAAGGACUUUGAGAACAACACGCCCGAUACGACCCACAUCUCGGCCGAGAAGUUCAACAACGAGCUCAGCAACGACCCGGCCUCCAGCAGCGCCAUCGUCCUGUCCCACGACGUCCACGAGCAGACCGUCAUCUCCCUCACUCAGAAGAUGAUCGACACCCUCAAGGCCAAGGGCUACCGCGCCGUCACCGUCGGGGAGUGCCUGGGCGACGCUCCCGAGAACUGGUACAAGGCCUAA